AUGGCAUUGUCAACAAAACCUAAAGCUGGUUCGAAGCCAGAAGAUUACAAUGAGCCUUUUGGCGCCUAUAUUGGAUGGCAACUUGUUGUCACAGCAAGUGCUGGCAUGGUAUUCUCAACGACUUGGACAGUUCUUCGACUCUGGACCCGGCAGCAUAUCUCAAGAGCACUUGGACCUGAUGACUUUCUGAUUCUGGCUGCAUGGAUCUCCGCCACGACUUUGAGUAUCGGCGACAUCGUGCAGUGUCGCUAUGGGACUGGUACUCAUUUGUGGGAGCUGGAACUUGAGGACUUUGGAGUAUUCUUGCAGCUACAAAUGGUAGUUGGGAACUUCUACGGUGCAGCCCUCGCCUUUGCCAAAAUCUCGAUUUUAUUCUUCUACCUGCGAGUGUUCGAGAAGCCAUCCUUCCGAAUACUGGUCUACCUUACAGGUGGAUUCGUAGGCUGCUACGCAACAGCCGGCGUUCUCGUGGUUGUCUUCUCCUGCAACCCAGUAGCCGCAAGCUGGGACGUGAGCCUGGCAGCUUUGCCCACCACGGUUUGCGUCAAUCGACCCGCGGCAUAUCUUGCGCAGGCUGCGUUCAAUAUCACUUCCGAUGUAUUUGUUAUCUUGCUCCCGCUGUACGAGAUUUGGAAGUUGCAGAUGAGAUUGAGGCAGCGGUUGACUCUGAUGGCUAUUUUUGGAGUUGGAUUUGCGUUUGUGGCUUCGGCGCAGAGCGAUGAUUGA